AUUAGUUCAGUGGGCGUUUACGGAACUGGUUGUUUUGCAACAGAUGCGCUAAAGUGGGUGUGAGGAGGAAUACUUACAAUCACACAUUCUGCGUCUCACGCGGGUUUGACCUACUAGUGUCGUGUAAAAGUCCUCAGUCUUUAGAAAAUGGCUAAAGUCGACCUGGAUAAGGUUGGAAAGAACUUGUUGAAAAGUGCCGACAGUGGUGAGAAGGUGGAGCUGAAGUCUCUGUGGCAGGAUCAGCCAGUGGUGGUGUUCUUCCUGCGCAGGUUUGGCUGUCAAGUGUGUCGAUGGACAGCAGCAGAGAUCAGCAAACUGGAGCCUGACCUCAGAGCCAGUGGGGUCUCGCUGGUGGGAGUGGGACCAGAGCAGUUUGGGCUGCAGGAGUUUACAGAAGGAGGAUUCUUUAAAGGAACCAUUUAUGUGGACGAGGAGAAGAAGUGUUACAAGGAUUUGGGUUUCAGACGGUACUCAGCCUUAAGUGUGGUUCCUGCAGCUCUGGGGAAAAAAGUUUGAGACGUAGCUUCAAAGGCAAGUGCGGCAGGAAUUCAGGGGAACUUCUCUGGAGAUCUGCUCCAGAGUGGAGGGAUGCUCAUUGUAGCUAAAGGUGGAGAAAAAGUCUUACUACACUUCAUCCAAGACUCACCUGGAGACUUUGUCCCUCUGGAGGACAUUUCCACAGCUUUGGGCCUCUCCUCCUCGGUGAAAGCAGGUCAAAAACCAGUGUGCAACGAUGACGUUUGCACACGAUAAUGAAGAAACUGCCGGUUCUACCUGCAAUGCUCCUGCCAGCAAGAUUAAGUGAAAGUGGAAAUAUGUGAAACUCUUUAAAGGUGUUAAACACUUGUUUAAUCAAUACAUUUGCAGUGAUCCUUUAGUGGAAAUGAAUGCCUUGUAAGUCGUACUCGUAACACAAGCCCGAAGGAGUUCUGCUGUGUGGUGGAAUUGCUAAUGCUAACGAUUAGCUUCUGCUAGCCAAGACUUCUCUGCUGUUUCCUGGACGCUAAACCAACAACAGCCUUCCCUGUUGUGAGUCGAGGUGGGUGAGUCCAUGAAUGUUAAGUGACAGUGUGACGUAGAUCUGUCACGCAUUAUAAAUCCUAGAGUUUCAUCAUUUAUUCAGAAGCUAAUGCAGGAGAUAGGUGUAGGAGACUGUUUUCAUGUUCAGCCUGGAUGAAAAACUCAGUGACUGAUUAUAACCAGAAAUAAUAAAAAAAAAUAAAAGUUUUUUUUAGUGUUCCUUUAAAAUGAAGAUUUAAUCAUUGUUUAUUUUGUCAUUUUGAUCAAUAAAAAUUUCUCAAACUCCA